GAAAACACGCAGGGAAGCUUCUCCGCAGCCAGAGCUGGCUGCCGGGAGCAGGCGUGAGGCGCAGGCUUCCCUGGCGCCCACACCUAAAGCCCGCACGCGCCCUGGCAGCACCUGCGCGGCCGCUCUAGCUCGGUUCCGGGUUCGCGCCUCGGUGGUGGCGUGGGAGGAACUGAAGGCCGGUCUGUUGACCCGCUUCCGGGCCCUUGUGGAGCCGCCUGAGCCGGGUCCUCGGGGUGUCUGCGGGUGCAGGAACCGUGGUCGCGGUGCGGAGCCAGCCGCGGGCGCAGAGGGAGCGGAGCCGCCAGCCUCCUCCCGCCGCCCGCAGAGCUGUUUGAGUUUGAGGAGGCGCUUCACGACUGUCUUCGAGGGCAACAGGGAUGGGAUCAGAGAACAGCGCUUUAAAGAGCUACACACUGAAAGAGUCUCCUUACACCUUACCAUCUGGACUGGCUGUUUAUCCCGCCAUACUGCAAGAUGGGAAAUGUGCUUCCGUGUUUGUAUAUAAGCGAGAAAACGAAGACAAGGUUAACAAGGCUGCCAAGCACUUAAAGACACUCCGUCACCCUUGCUUGCUAAGAUUUUUAUCUUGUACUGUGGAAGCAGAUGGCAUUCACCUCGUCACUGAGAGAGUGCAGCCUCUGGAAGUGGCCUUGGAAACCCUGUCUCCUGCAGAAGUCUGUGCUGGAAUCUAUGACGUAUUGCUGGCUCUUAUCUUCCUUCAUGACAGAGGACACCUGACACACAACAAUGUCUGCUUAUCGUCUGUUUUUGUGAGUGAGGACGGGCACUGGAAGCUUGGAGGCAUGGAGACUGUCUGCAAAGUUCCUCAGGCCACAGCAGAGUUUCUCAGGAGUAUCCAGUCAGUAAGAGACCCGGCAUCUAUUCCUCCUGAGGAGAUGUCUCCAGAAUUUUCAGCCCUUCCGGAGUCCCUCGGACACGCCCGGGAUGCCUAUUCGUUUGGAACUUUGGUGGACAGCUUGCUCCCCAUCUUUAAUGAGCAGGUUUCAGCGGAUGUUCUCUCCAGCUUCCUACAGACCCUGCACUCAGCUCUGCUGAAUCCCACGCCCAAGUGUCGGCCAGCACUCAGCACCUUACUGUCCCAUGAUUUCUUCAGAAAUGAUUUUCUAGAAGUUGUGAAUUUCUUGAAAAGCUUGACAUUAAAGAGUGAAGAUGAAAAGACUGAAUUUUUCAAAUUUCUGCUGGACCGAGUGAGCUGCCUGUCAGAAGAAUUAAUAGCUUCAAGAUUGGUGCCUCUUCUGCUUAACCAACUGGUGUUUGCUGAGCCAGUAGCUGUUAAGAGUUUCCUUCCCUAUCUACUUGGACCUAAAAAAGAGAAUGCACCAGGAGAGACGCCGUGCUUGCUCUCACCAGCGCUGUUCCAGUCACGAGUGAUCCCUGUGCUUCUCCAGUUGUUCGAGGUCCACGAGGAGCAUGUGCGGAUGGUGUUACUGUCCCACAUCGAGGCCUAUGUGGAGCACUUUACUCAGGAACAGCUAAAGAAAGUCAUCUUGCCACAGGUACUACUGGGCCUUCGUGAUACCAGCGAUUCCAUUGUGGCAGUUACUCUCCGUAGCCUGGCAGUGCUGGUGUCUUUACUUGGACCAGAAGUGGUUGUGGGAGGAGAAAGAACUAAGAUCUUUAAGCGCACUGCUCCAAGCUUUACCAAAACUAGUGACCUUUCCCCUGAAGGUUCUCCCAUGCAUGUUGUCUGCAGCCAGCAGAGUCGGAUCUCAGAAGUCUUGGAGAACCCCUCCUCUACUGCAUUCCCUGAAUGGUUUUCUGGCAACAUGCCCAGCAACAGCAGGAAGCACAUACAGAAAGAAUAUUGCAAUGCUCUCUUACAGACAGGUGAUCAGUUUUCUCACACUAUUAAAUUCCCUAUGAAUGGACUCUCAGAUGUGAAAAACACUUCAGAGGACAAGGGAAACUUCCCUGCGGGUUCUAAUAAGCCUGAGGAGUGGCCUGACUGGAGUGAGCCUGAGGAGCCUGAGCACCAGACUGCCAAUAUUCACAUACGUCCCCAAGAACCCUGUGAUGUAGCAGAGUCCCAGCACACAAAUCUGAACGCAGAGGAGUUGUCCUGGGAUGACUGUGAGUCUAGCUUUGGUACUGAAGUGAGCACAGCAGCUAGAGCUGCUCCCAUGCCUGUUACCUCAGGGGAACAGACACCCACUGCAGCUUUGCUUCCUCUCACUGAAGAGUCAAAGCCCUUGCAACCCAGUCCUGCCUCAAAGACUAGUCACAGACAGCAUGAUGAAAUCAAACCACCCCCAGUGUCACAAGAAAGAUCCCUGAAGGCUCGAUCGGAACUUGGUUUAGGAGAAGAGUUUACCAUUCAAGUAAAAAAGAAGCCAGUACAAGAUCCCGAGUUGGACUGGUUUGCAGAUAUGAUCCCAGAAAUUAAGCCUUCAGGUACUUUUCUUAUUCUGCCUGAACUAAGGACAGAAGUGAUGGUCCCUGACAAAGAUAACGUCUCAUCAGCUAUGCAGUUUUCCUCAAAGUUUGCUGCAACAGAAAUGACCGAGUGUCCAUGUGUUCUGUUGCAGGGAGAGGCAGAAGGCUGGGAAGGAGAAGAGCUAGCCUGGGAAGAUAACAACUGGUGACGAUAAGGAAAAGCUUCAGGAAGAAUUCUAAAAGAAUUAAUACCUCAAAGCAAGCUGCAUGGAUGUAAAACCCCGAAGCAGCUUGUGUCCCCAUACCAGGAGCUCUUUUUUGCAGUCUGUGCCAACUCAAGCAGAGACCAACCUCAGGUUGCUAAGAACUGGUGGCAAAAGGCUUUUGGUGCCAGAUUCCAGGAGAAAGUGCUGUGUGCAUUUGACUGAGGCCAGUUUUCAUACAAAGCAAAUAGCUAAAGAAGUGCUUUUUUCCAGGAAAAGUUCUGGAAGUAAAAGAAAUAAAAAAAUUCAAGCUGGUAAGCUUAAUUUUGUGCCAUUUCUUUAAAAGAGUAAGCUAUUAUGAAAUAACUUACUGGAAAAAAAAAACUAGCUGUAAAUUAUAACUUCAAACUGCUAAGGCUCCUUAGGCAGUUUAUUUGUUUACAGUUUGUCAUCUGAGAAAAGAAAAGUCCCCUUCCUUUGGACCUGGACAGUUACUGUUUUCACUGUUUCACUGUACCAAAGCUCUCAAUGAGAAACUCCCCCAACCCCCUCAUCUUGUUCUCUAUGUCAAAUAAAGAUUAUUUUCACAUUUACAAAA